CGGUGACGCCGAGAAAACAUCAUACCACUGUACCAGCGCUUUCUUUCUCCUGCAUCUGAACCGAAUUCCUCGCGCCUCGUUGCAAAAUGGCCCAGCAAGGCGAAGCGGCAAGCUACUACAACGCCGGGCCACAGCAGAACAAUUACCGGAUGCAAGAGCCAGCAAAGUACCCCCAGCAGCCUCCGCAGUAUGGACAGAACUUUGCGCCGCCGCCUGGACCUCCGCCGCAGAAUGCGAUGAACGGACAGGGCCAACAGAACUAUGGCGAGAAACCGAGCUUUGAUCAGGCGUUCACGAUUGAAAGACCCAAAUGGCAUGACUGGUGGGCUGGAGUGCUUUUCAUUGCGGUCUUCCUGGGCUACGCCGCAGCAUCGGGGAUUGCGAUUCAAGGGUACUCGCAUACACACUCCUUCAAUGGCGGCGGCAUCUACGGCAGCCAGAAUGACUUUGGCCUCUCAACCAAUACGAUUGUUCUCUUUGCCUUCGUGCUCGUGGUCGCGAUCGUCUUCAGCUAUACAUACGUUUGGGCCGCUCGUGCGUUCACUAAACAAUUCAUUUAUAUUACAGGUAUUUUGAAUAUCGUCUUCGGUUUCGUCACCGCUCUAUACAUGCUCUCGCGCAAAUACUGGUCUGGCGGAAUAGUCUUUCUCCUCUUCUCGAUCUUCUACGUCUUCUGCUUUAUCAGCUGGAUUCCGCGCAUCCCCUUCUCCGUUUUGAUGCUCCGGACGUCCAUUGAUGUGUCGAAGAAGUACGGUCAUGUCUAUAUGGUGUCGCUCAUUGGAGGUAUUUUGGCUGCGGCAUUCGGCGCAUGGUACUCGGUUACCUUGGUCGCUAUCUAUGUCAAGUACGAACCCGGAAACAACCCGGCUUGCAAUACCGGCGCCGGAGGAUGCGGUUCUGGGAAAGUCAUAGGCUUGAUCGUCUUCGUGACGUUCGCCAUGUACUGGAUUUCUGAGUGGCUCAAGAACACUAUCCACACGACCAUUUCAGGAGUCUAUGGCUCAUGGUACUUCAUGGGCAAUAACUUCCCGAAAGGAGCCACUCGAGGUGCCCUGAAACGAGCGCUUACCUACAGUUUCGGUAGCAUCAGCUUGGGGAGUCUUAUUGUGGCCAUUAUUCAGUUCUUACGACAAGUCUGCUCCGCAGCUCAGCACUCGGCCUCUCAGGACGGCAAUAUCGUGGGGACGGUGAUUUUUUGCUGUCUGCAAUGCAUCAUAGGCCUUCUCGAGUGGGCAGUACAGUUUUUGAACCGCUACGCGUUCUCGUACAUUGCACUGUACGGAAAGUCGUAUUUUCAGGCUGCGAAGGACACGUGGAAGAUGAUCAAGGACCGUGGUAUUGAUGCGCUCGUGAAUGAGUGUUUGGUGGGCCCGGUGCUCACCAUGGGAGCAACGUUCAUCGCAUACGCCUGCGCUCUCCUCGCCUACCUUUACCUGAUUUUUACCUCUCCAGCAUAUAAUUCGGAUGGAGCAUACACGCCGGUAGUCGUUGCCUUCGCGUUCCUCGUGGGCCUGCAAAUCUGCAACAUCUUCACGACACCACUGAGCAGCGGGCUGGACACCAUCUUCGUCGCGAUGGCGUGGGAUCCCGAGGUGCUCAUGAGGGACCAUCCGGACCUCUACCACCAGAUGAUCGCCGUCUACCCGCACGUGCAGCAGGCGAUUCACGCGUAGUUGUGGUUUGGAAGGCUGGGGCAUCGUGCUUUUCUUUUUUGCAUUCGCUCGCGGUUUACGUUGCAUGCCAUAUCGAUGCACAAGCGAGGAUUAUCCUGCUCGCGGCAUAGAUCAGUCCGGCCGCCUUGGCGCGACUAAAAGAACG